AUGUCUUGGUUUCAGAAAUCCUUCACACUGCCCUCGAAGUCAAGAGGCUCAUACUUGAUCACUGAUGAGGUAGUGAAGAACUUGCCAGAAAUCAAAGACUACAAAAUUGGACUUCUCAAUCUCUUUGUUCAGCAUACCUCGUGCGGUCUGUCGCUCAAUGAAAACUGGGACAGCGACGUAAGAGAAGACAUGAGUGAUGCUCUAGACAGACUGGCACCGGAGGACAAGAAGGGCACACUUUAUCGACAUUCGGCAGAAGGUCUGGAUGACAUGCCAGUGCGAGCGUGA